AUGGGUUAAACAUGUAGUGUAAACACUUGUUGUGCUAAAGAGGAAAUAUAAACUGUAAAGAAUUCCAAUCGUUCUAUUGAAAUCUCAGUGAAAAAAUCAAAACAUUCUUUAACUAAUAAAAAUACAAAUCCAGGGUAAGUUGAAGAUGCAAAUUAAAAUGAUAUACAGAUUUAAUCUUAACAUAGCAAGGUCUCUAUAAAAGAGAUUGAAAAAAAUUUGAAUAGUCAAACUGAUAAUUAAAAUAUACAUCCUUUGGUUAGGAAAACUUUAGGGAAGCAAGAAAAAAUUAAACUUCCUGUAAAGUUGCCUAAUUAUUAUUCAUUAGAUGAUCUUAUUAUAAAAUGGUGCUACAUAUGAAGGGGAAUGGUUAGAUGGAAAGAGAGAGGGAUAUGGAAAAUAAUAAUGGCCAGAUGGUUCUGUUUAUGAAGGAGAAUGGAAAAAUGAUAAAUCUUGUGGAAAAGUUGUUAAAGUUUAUUUAAUUUAAGGGAAGACUCGUACAUGCAGAUGGAGAUAUUUAUGAAGGAGAUUGGUUAGAUGAUUAAGCUAACGGUUUAGGAUCAUAUACUCAUGAUAAUGGAGCUAAGUAUAUUGGAGAGGUAUUAUCUAAUAAUAGGAGUUAGUGGCUUAAUGAUAGAUAACAUGGAAGAGGAAUAGAGGAAUGGCCAGAUGGAGCAAAAUAUGAAGGGGAUUAUUAAUGUGGUAAGAAACAUGGUAAUGGUAAACUUGUUUUUGCAGAUGGAUCUUAUUAUUAAGGUAAUUCAGUUAUUUCAAUUUGAUAAGGAGAAUUUUUUUAAAAUGAAAUUUAAGGACAUGGUACAUAUUAAUGGUUAGAUGGAAGAGUUUAUAUUGGAGAAUGGAUGAAUAAUAAAAUGAAUGGAAUUGGGGAAUUAAAAUUGCCUGAUGGAAAAAUAUAUAAAGGAGUAAGUAAUCAAGAGUUUAAUAGUUAUUUAGGAAUAUGAUAAUGAUAAAAAACAUGGGAAAGGAGUAUUCAAAUGGGAAGAUGGACGUAAAUAUGCUGGUUGUUGGAAAUAAAAUAAAUAACAUGGAGUUGGUAUUUAUUUGACAAAUCAGAAUAUGGAAAAAAUAGGUUAUUGGGAGGAAGGAGUUAGAAUAAAAUGGUAUGAAGAGAAAGAAAUUAAAUUAUUGGAAGCUCAGGGAAUAUUAAAUGAAUUUAGAAACCUAUGA